CUGAACAAACCCGCUACAAACACCAAAUGUUGCGUGCAUGCGCUGCUGCGCAGGACAGGAAGAAUACUAGUUGGUGUAGCCGUGUUUAUAAAAGAUCAGCUGAAAAGAUUACUGAUUGUCGCUAAAACGUGAGAACCGAAGUACUGCAUUAUUGCAAUGUAUUGGAUCUCAGUGAUCCUGUUCCUCAUGUGCUCGAAACAUGUGCAAGGUGAAGCCACUACAUCUGUUGACUGCUUAGAUUAUGGAAAGCCUGGACAAAAUAUAAACUUAACCUGUCGUGUUAUUUCUGGCACAUUACGUAGUGGAUUCACAUGGUGGAGACCUAAUGGUGGAACAUCGACAGUGGUUAUGGAAUGUAACACAAACAACGAUGCAUGUGAUCCUGUUAGAGGUAUAACUGGAUACAUUGGCGUUCCUGACACAGCUAAUGCAGCAUGUAAUCUUAUAAUAGAAUCGUUCAACCCUUCAGUCGAUGUUGGUGAAUGGACUUGUCAAGAUGGUCCAACAGGAACUGGAAAAUCCACAUGUAACAAGAUGUCUAUUCUGAGCAUCUCUUCCAUCAAUAUUACGAAUGCCCUCCCGACACAGGAACAGAUUAGCUCUGAGAAAGAUUUUAACAUCAGCACCAUCAUUGAUUGUGCAUUUCCAAGUGUGAACGUGUCCUGGGUGUUUGGUGACAGUCAAACUCUGACUCCAGUUAUUACCACUGAUGAUACUGAGUGUGAUUCUCCUCUAGUGAAGACCAUUGCUGUUCUUACGAUGAAUGGCAAAUCCAUGACUGGCCAUGUACAUGUCUCGGUGAGAUUGAUUCAUCCAUCUUUCGAGAAUGAGAAUGAAGUGCUUGACAUACUGAUUGGAGUUGCUGACUUUCCGGCUGUUCCAGAUGAACCAGAACGCAUGUCGGCCUUAAGUGCAGGUGCUAUAUCGGGAAUUGUGAUCGCAGUUGUUCUGGCUCUUGCUAUUCCUACUGUGUGGACACUUUAUAAGAGGAAAAUAAAGAAGAAAGCCGAAGAUGAGCAGAACGAACCUAAUAACUAACAGAAACCACAAUUUAAGUUCACAACCCUGCAUGUUUCCGCAUAUUGUAUCUGAAUAUGGAAGACAGAAACAUGCUAAUGCUAGAACUCCACAGUUUUCUUUUACAAUUCGUAUGCAACUGUAUUAGUAAAGAAGGCUCUUUUUAAGGUGUAUUUUACAUUUGGGUUUCUUUUGUUUGUUUUUUUCAAUACAAUUGCUGCAGAAAUCAGACUAAAGUUGCAGUAUCAUAGUUAGAAGUGCAGUAUUUCACUAGUUUUACAUUAGUUGUUAAAAAUAGCAAUUGUUUGUUUGCAUAAAACGUUAACUGAUGAAUUGUUAAAUUAAUGAAAAAACAAAUGUUGAAGCUGCCAUUAUGCAACUUUGACACUGCAUCUU